AUGGGGGAUAUGAACCUGACUGAAUAUGCAGCCAAGAUUCUGCAAACAAGAUCAGAUGAGUCCAGGUUGUGCUAUGAAACCCCCUAUGGUGGUGAUGAGUUUGAGGUGAUAGACCAACAUGUUCAUUUUCCCAUCAAGCUGAACACUGGCAGUUGUGGUUGUGGGAAGUGGCAACAUUCUGGACUCCCAUGCAAACAUGCACUAAGGGUGAUUUACCACCAGAGGUUGCAACCUAUAGACUUUGUAGCCUCUUGUUUCAAAGGGAAGGCAUACAAGCUCACUUAUGUUGAGCAUAUGCACCCAAUGCCUGACCCAUCUCAAUGGCCAUCACUGAACCUGCCUAACAUACUACCACCAUUGGUGAAAAGAGCUGCAGGGCGACCAAAAAAGCAAAGGAGAAGAGGGCCAAAUGAAGCAAGGAAAGGGAAGAGGCAUUCAACAGUUAAGUGCAGCUUAUGCAAAGAGUUGGGGCACAACAUGCUGACUUGUGCAUCAAGGAAAAAAAGCGCUGCAACUGAAGCAAGCACAUCAACCACCUCCUCUCAAGCCAAGAAGAAAAGAAAGAGAGCAGCAUGA